AACGUAACCGACAACAGCAAGAAUCGUAAAUUAGACGAUAAUAAUACCUCACAACAAACAUCAAAAAUUAAAAUCAACGACAAUUUUAACCCCACACACUCUUAUUUGUCAGCCCUUGUAGAAAAAAAAAGUCUAACACUCAAUCGUUUUAAAUCCACUGAUUCUGGACCAUUCUACAUUUUUGUUGAAAGUAGCAAAGAUAAUCUCAGCAAUCUUCACCCUAUGACGAUUGGAAAAUAUAUUUACAAAUCUGCAAAUACAAAUAAACAAUUACUAACAAAUAUAAAAGGUGCAAAUAGAAUCAAAAUAGAUAUUGAUAAUUCCUUGGCAUUCAAUAAUCUUCUUGAGCAAAAAAUACUUUCAGAACAUUUCCUUGUAUAUAUAUCCCUUCAUUUCUUAUCCAUAAAACAGGAGUUAUAAGGAAUGUUGAUCCAGAUCUUACUGACGAAGAAAUUUUGAAAGUAAUUCAAUCCCCCAUAAAAAUUAAAAGCCUUCGCUGCAUCACACGUAAAGAACCUGGACAAAAUAAUCAAGAAAAACAACUAAAUUAAAAGUAUGCUUUAUCGAAUUCAAUUCCCAAGUUCUUCCUGAACACUAAAUAUUUAUGGAAUGAGUUGUCCAGUAGAUCCCUACGUUCCUCCAAUCAUACAAUGCACAAAUUGUCUUCGAUAUGGUCAUAGAUCGGAUCACUGUCGAAGUAAAUUCGAUGCAUAUUCUGCAGAGAAAAUCAUGACCCAAAUAUAUGCAUAAAACAAAACUGUCCCAAAUGUGUUCACUGUUCUGGAAGUCACACUGCUACAAAUCGUUCAUGUCCAGUAUAUUUGUAACAAUCAAAAAAUAAAAAAAGCGUUCUUAGCAAUUCAUUGUACGCUUUGGUCAUAACUAACAAGUUCAAUCUGCUUGAGGCGGAAUCAAAAUUUCCCCCUUUACCAGAAACCUCAUACAAUGAAAACACAAAAAUAGCCAGCAAAGUGCACAGACCAUGGCCAAAUCAUUUUGACCCAUUAAAUCUAGAUAUCAAUCAAAUGAACAAGAAAAGCAUGACACGGCCCAACUUACAUCUCCUGUACUUACCGCAACAGAACUGCGUAAACACAAGGGGCUAAAUAGAAAUCGUCUAUCACAUAGAAAUGGAUAUAACACGUCUCCUGAAAAUGAACAAUCAAAUGAUAACUUAAUUAUAAAAAUUAAAAAUAUCUUCAGUUCCCUAGAAAAAGAAAUUGUUAAUUCACCAUUCUCCCUACAGACACUAGAAUCAAAAAUAAUGGAAACGCUGAUUGCCAAAUCAUCGAUUCCAGUUAUAGAUUCGAAUGAUAUUCAAUAAUUUGUUUAAAAUAAUGAGAACUAUUUUUGUAAAUAGUGUAUGUAAUUUGGAGCGUACCAUUUUGUAGUUACAAUGUCUACUAUUGGGGAUCAAAUAUUGGAUAGACCAUUGCCUAAAAUAGGUGAAAAAAGUUUGUUUACAAAAGAGCUAGAAACUGCUUUAUUGGAAAAUAAAGUUGAUUUUCUGGUCCAUUCACUAAAAGAUAUGCCUACAUCUUUACCCGAUGGUCUAGCGAUUGGUGCAAUACUCAGGCGAGAAGAUCCGAGAGAUGCUGUGAUUCUUCAUAAAAAACAUCGAGGUCAAACAUUAGAGACACUACCUCCUAAAAGUAUUAUAGGGACCAGUUCGUUAAGAAGGACUGCACAGUUAAAGCGAAAGUUUCCUCACCUCAUUAUAAAAGAUAUUAGAGGUAAUUUACAAACAAGGAGGGAAAAAUUGAGGAAAGGUGAUUACGAUGGUAUAAUAUUAGCUUUUUCUGGUAUGAUGAGGAUGGGCUGGGAAGAUGCCAUUUCUCAGGUGUUGGAUGAGAAUGUUAUGUUGUACGCUGUCGGUCAGGGUGCAUUGGCUGUUGAAUGUAGGAUCAAUGACUGUGCAUUUUUUGCCCCUUUAAAUCACAAACAGUCUGUAUUCCCAACAAUUGCAGAAAGGAGCCUUCUCAAUACGCUUGGUGGAGGUUGCUCGGCACCUGUAGCAGUCUCUUCAAAGUUUUCAGAAGGAACUUUAUUACUGAUCGCUGCUGUCUGGAGCCUGGAUGGCUCAGUCACUUUACAGGAGACUCUUUCUCAAAAAAUUACCAACGAAGAAUUAAAAGAUGAACCAGAUGAAAAAAGAAAAGAAAAUGAUUUGUAUUGUGGUAUGACAGUUCAUGGGCUAGAACCUUUACAAGUUCGAUUAUCGCACAAACUCGGCGUCACUUUAGCUCAGAAACUUAUAAGUGAAGGAGCUUUAAAAAUAAUUGAAGAUGCUAAAACAGCAUGUAUGAAAAGUUAAUUGUUUUGUUGAUUUAUUUGUUUAUUAAAAACUUUUAUUAUUUUAUUUAGUUGGACAAAAUUAUAGUUUUGUUUGAAAUAUUUUAUUGAAGUGUGGUAAAGUUGUUACUUUCAAAAUAUAAAUUGAUUUAUUCUGUAAUUUAUUUCAUGCUAAUGAUUUACAGCAUUGUUAAUUUUUAAAUAAAUGGUUUUGGUAUUGUGCUAUU